AUGCUCCUCUCUCCCCGUUUCCACCUUUUUGAGAUAGGCGACCAACCUUGGUGCCCGGACUGGGUCAUCGCCUAUAUCCAAUCCUACCUCACCAGCGUCUGGAACCUACACAUUCCGCCCUUCAGCCGGACCUCCCCGGCAGGCACAGCGGCCGAGGUCGUCACUGAAAACUUGUCCGAUGCAUCAUCCUACACCUUUGUAGAUUGCUGCGCCGGAGCAGGAGGACCCACAUCGACCAUGGAGCGCGUUUUGAACUCUCAGCUCCAGGAACAGGGGAAACGGCCCGCGCGAUUUGUGCUAACAGAUCUGCACCCGAGGAUCGGUGCUUGGACCGCUAUUGCCAAGAAGCAAGAGCAUGUAUCGUUUAUUCCGGAGGCCAGGGAUGCGACGUGUUGUGGGCGGGUUGCGGCCGGGGGGAAGGAGUGUCGGGUGUUUAACUUGUGCUUUCAUCAUUUCGACGAUGCGGUCGCGACGGGUGUGUUGAGGAAUGCGGUUGAGUCGGCGGAUUCGUUUAUUAUUUUCGAGUUCGCGCAGCGCAACUUCUCCUCGCUGCUGAAUAUCCCGGUUAUGGUGCUGUAUCCGUUUUUCCAUACGCUGCAGCGGUACAGGUAUUCGCCUUUGCACCUUUUCUUCACAUAUGUGGUGCCGCUGUUCUCGGUGGUCUGUUCGUUUGAUGGGUUUGUGUCUACGUUGCGGUGUAGGACGCCGGAGGAGUUGAGGGAUCUCCUUCGUCAGCCGGGUCUGGAUGUUUCUGGGUGGGAGUUUACGUCGGGAAAUCGCAUGAUGGUCUGGCCUUUUCUGCAUAUCUACUGGUUUAUGGGUGUGAGGAAGCAGUGA